GACUCUUUUGAAUGGAAUCGGGCUGAUUCAUCGCCGGUUCGCGGAGCCAGAGCCCGGCGGAGUCUGAGUCGCCGCUGCAGCUGCUGCCGUCUUCGCCGCCUCCGCGUCACCGCAGGUGGGAGACGAGAAUCCAGACCGCGGCCUCCCGUCCCCGCCCGCUUUUAGGAGGGAGAGAGAAAAAAAGUACUUGGGAAAAGUUAUAUCUGUCAGUAUUAGAAGGAGCUUAAGAAGAAAUUUGUCAAACAACGAAUUGAAGCUUAACACCACAAGAGUUGUAGUUACUGACCAGAAAUAUGGACAGACUUCUUAGACUUGGAGGAGGUAUGCCUGGACUGGGCCAGGGGCCACCCACAGAUGCUCCUGCCGUGGACACAGCAGAGCAAGUAUAUAUUUCUUCCCUUGCACUGUUAAAAAUGUUAAAGCAUGGUCGUGCUGGAGUUCCAAUGGAAGUUAUGGGUCUUAUGCUUGGAGAAUUUGUUGAUGAUUACACCGUCAGAGUGAUUGAUGUGUUUGCUAUGCCACAGUCAGGAACAGGUGUCAGUGUGGAGGCAGUUGAUCCAGUGUUCCAAGCCAAAAUGUUAGAUAUGUUGAAGCAGACAGGAAGGCCUGAGAUGGUUGUUGGUUGGUAUCACAGUCACCCUGGCUUUGGUUGUUGGCUUUCUGGUGUGGAUAUCAACACUCAGCAGAGCUUUGAAGCCUUGUCGGAGAGAGCUGUGGCAGUGGUUGUGGAUCCCAUUCAGAGUGUAAAAGGAAAGGUUGUUAUCGAUGCCUUCAGAUUGAUCAAUGCUAAUAUGAUGGUCUUAGGACAUGAACCAAGACAAACAACCUCAAAUCUGGGUCAUUUAAACAAGCCAUCUAUCCAGGCGUUAAUUCACGGACUAAACAGACACUACUACUCCAUUACUAUUAACUACCGAAAAAAUGAACUGGAACAGAAGAUGUUGCUAAAUUUGCAUAAGAAGAGUUGGAUGGAAGGUUUGACACUUCAGGACUACAGUGAACACUGUAAACACAAUGAAUCAGUGGUAAAAGAGAUGUUGGAAUUAGCCAAGAAUUACAAUAAGGCUGUAGAAGAAGAAGAUAAGAUGACACCUGAACAGCUGGCAAUAAAGAAUGUUGGCAAGCAGGACCCCAAACGUCAUUUGGAGGAACAUGUGGAUGUACUUAUGACUUCAAAUAUCGUCCAGUGUUUAGCAGCUAUGUUGGAUACUGUCGUAUUUAAAUAAAACAAUGCAAAAGGCUAUUAGUGAUACUUUUCAGCGUAUAUUCCUCUAUUGUUCCUAAUGCUCAAAAUCAAGGGACCUCUGAAGGUGUGUUUGGUUCAAUGUAAGACAUCUGGCAUCAUUUGCAGCACUGUAACACCUUCAGUCUCAGUUGUGCAAUUACUUCUGUUUCUUUAGUCAGGGUCUUUGCAGAUUCCAAAGUUGUAUAAGAAUACAUCAAAGUGGACAAAUUUUGUUAAGAUCCCAUUUAAUAUUUGAAGAAAACAGUAACACAAAUAUAUUUUGAUUGUUGCUUACAAAAUAAAAUACAUUUACAAUCUA